AUGGGUUUCAGAAAAGUCUUUCGCUCGGUCGCUCACGUUUUCUCCAUCAAGGACAAGAAGGUUGCGAACCAGCAAAACACCAAGAAGCCUAGGAAGCUCACCAAGAGCCGAUAUCCUAGCAAGACUACCAAUUCCACCAAGAAUAGAGUCAAGAAUCUCGUUGACUUAUUUACCGGUAGCAGAUCUGGAAGACAUUCCACUGAAUCAGCACCCAAACCAGAAACACUUGUUGGUUCCUCAAAUCCUUCCUCAACAGGAAAUCACACAGUCGAGACAUUUGAGCAAGUCCCAGAUCAUGCUGGCUCAGAGAAUGCGAAUAGCCAUCACAUCGACGAUGGAAUUACAGGCGCUUCAUCUGCACAGAAUGUCUUGCCAGUGUUGAUGGCGGUUGUUGGUGGCAACCAGUUCAUGGAGGACGUGGAAGUUGCAAAUGUUGCUGCGCUUCCAUUGGAACCACCCACUCCUGCAAUCAAGUCGGUUCUUGACGGCGACUUGAAUGAUAUCAAUGAUCAAUCAGUUGAGGUAGUAGAAGCUGCUGGUCCUGCUAUCGUUGUCAAUAAUGAUUUUGUUGAUAGCCAAGGUAAGCCACUCAGAAUUUACAUACCAUGUGAGAAGACAAAUACUGAUGUUCAAUUUCCCAAUACAGAUCCAACAGUUGAAAUUUUGAUUAAUGGGGCAGAUUCCGUGGAGCUUGCUGCUUCCAUAUUCAAUGAAAACAAGGAGGAUAAUACUUUGACCAUGGUAACAACUGAAUUGUCUAUCGAUGUUCCAGAAAUUUUCCAUUUGGCCUUUGCACCAUUGGCUACACCAGAUGAAGAUGAUAAUUUACAGGUGGUAGCAGAAGUAUCCGAAGAAGAAGUAACCGAACCAAUCGGAAGCGAUAUCUCAACUCCUGCUUCGAUUCAAAUCCCCUCGGCUGAGCUUUCACAGAUUUUUGAAGCCGAAUUACAAUCAUCUGAGGAAUCCAUCAGCAGCAUCGAUGGUUCUGCCAUCCAGGAUGAAUCAAUCACUUCAAAUGAGGAAAUUGUCUUAGUCUCGGAGGAAAAUCGUGUUACGUUCCCAAACCAUAUUGAUGGGUACCAUUUGAGUGGUUUGUUCGCUGAAGAUACCACAAUUCCAUACAGGGCACGCAGCUUCUGUGGUAGGUUUUUCACUACUCCUCAGCCAGAUGAACUAGCAUUGAACGGGGAUGAAGAUACUGAAGAUGUGGUCCGUCAACCACUCAAUUCAGCACCUGGAAACCUAGUUUCGCCGGACUCGCAUUAUCCAACGGGGAGACGUGCCAGUCUAACACCUUCUGAUGCGGAGAAUGAGGCAAUGUUCAAUGAUCCUAACAAUUACAUUUAUCAUGAUGAAUCUGACAUGUACAUUGAGCCUAAACUCAAUAUAUAUCCCUCUGUUUUUGCGGAGCCUGCCGUUCCGAUGGUUGCUGCACCAAUCGGUUUCCCUGCGGAAAACGUUUCUCUUCAAACUUCGACACCAAAGAUCAUUUACGCUCAUGUUGAUGGUCCAGCCCCUCCGGGCUCUGUAUCUAGACCACUGUCGCCAAGCGAACCAGACUCAGUGGAACAAGGACUCUUCAUGUUGGAGCUUAAGGGGCAGUUGUCGUUGGAGCUUGCGAAGCAAGAAAUCUUUCUAUCAGAGCUUCGAAGCACUUUCCCUGUCGAGGAGAAUAGUUCUGAUGUAGUCGAUGAACAAGCUGAGGAGGUUAUUAUACCUCAGAAAGUCCACCAACCGGGUGAAACUCACGCAGAAGAAAUUGUGCGCAUGUACCGAAUUCCACGCUACAGUCAAUUCAGAUCAGUCUUUCCUCUUCCUGGUUUCACCAUUCCUUGGGGUCCCCACAACCCGAUUCCAACCAGAAUAGAUGAUUUCAGAGGUAACGACCCUUGGCUCCCAACACCAUGGACCAAUCCAGAUGCGUACCACCAACUAAACGGCAUUCAGAGGCGCUGGGUUCAGUUGGAGGUACGUUAUCAGACAAGAUUAUUCUGGUUAGGCAUGAACUUCAAAGCAGCAGUCCAUCUUGAAGAAAAUCCAGCGGACAAGCUGUACGCUUUCAAUAAUUUCUGUGGGUGGUAUGGAUGCCAGACCGAAAAAUGUAAACAUACUCCAGUCGACGGACGUCUAUAUUUCUUUGAUCUUAAUAGCUACUACAUCUCGUGGAAGAAUCUUCGGGAUGAGCAAUUGUUACUUGACAACGAACCAAGUAGCGACUAUGCUGCUCAUGAGCCCGAGACUGAUGCAAAUACUCUUGAGCAGACAGCGCUUCGUGAGCAAGAAGCCCGUGUGCAACAAGCCCAAGAACAAGAGGCUUCUCAAGUGGAACCUGCCGAUGAUCGUUACGCUGAUCUCAAUUCAUCGUUACAGUUUGCUCAAUCGGUAAAAGCAGCUAGAAGAGAAAUGCUGAGCCUUGUGGAUUCUGGGGUUGCAGUGGCGAAGGUGAACUCCGUCAUCAUCCAAGAGGUUCUGGCUCGCAAUGAAGCUCAGCAUGUGGAGUCAAGACCAACACAACUUCCAAAUGCUCACUUUGGUCUCGCGAUGAUCAAUGUACAAGCCCAACCAAAGCAAUCUCGAUGGGCUCAAGUGUUUGAAGCACAAGAGAAAGAUAGUUGCGCCAAAUCAGAGGUAUCACAGGAUGUAUUUCCAAAUACUUCUGAAAAUCCUGUUCCAGUUGGAAAUUUUGGUUUGAAGAUGGUUGAUUUCCCUGUCGAACCAAAGAAAUCUCGCUUUGCAGAGUUCUUCCCCGUGCAGCCUAAAUCUGAGCAAGAAACACAAGACUUGGUUGCAGAGGAUACUUCUAGAAAUCCUGCUCCAGAGGUUCACUCUGGUUUACAGAUGAUUGAGGUGUCUGUCCAACCAAGAAAGUCUCGAUUUGCAUCGCUCUUUGGAGCGCUCUUCGGAGCGCAAACAUCGACUGAGCAAGGUAUCGCUCCGGCCCUAACAUUCGAUAGUAAAGAUUCCAAGGAAACACUCGAUUCUCUCCAUGGUAGCAACAGCGAUAACUUGUCUACUCGUGAUACCAGUGUUGAACCACCGCAGAAGUCAAACAUCAAUUUAGAGGCAAACGCUGUGUCGGAGAUUGAUGUUGCAUAUGAGGAAGAAGAAGGUGAUCUGUAUAGUGCAUCACCACUAAGAGGACCAUCUCUAGCUCCAACUGCGCCAAAUCAGUUCAUGGAUGGCUCCCUUGCCUCAAGGCAUCAAGGUAAUUUGCAACUGUACGAUGACCAGGGAUCUUUGCUUGAUGAUCAUGUCGAGAAAGUCGGUGGCUUCGUCAUCGAAGAUACAAUGGAAGGACCCGGUGACGGUUCAGUCUUUGUUUUUGGACAAGUUGAAUUCCCUAUCGAACCACCUGACGAAGAAUCAAGCGAGAUGCUUGAUGGGGAACCAUGGAUACUCAUCGAGAUUGAGGAUUUCUCUAGAGAUAUUGAAUUCGAGGAAGUCCCAGAAAGAGUCGAACUUCCAGAAGAUUUCUACGAGGAAGGAUGGCCACUCGAUGAACGCGAAGUACAUUAUCUGACACAGGCCAUCAGAGAGGGGUUGAAAGAAGAGCGUUUUGCAGUCAUUGAGAUUGUCAAUGAUUCUGAGUACUAUGCCAAUGCUCCUGAUUCUGGAUGGGAAGCUCCGGAUGAUAGUGAUACCACUGAGUCCAGUUCCGAUGAUUCCGAUGAUUCUGAUGAUUCUGAUGAAAAUGGCGGCGACACCGAGACCGACACUGAAUCUCGAGAGUCGGAUAAAAAUAGCGAUCCUGCUGAAACCAAAGCCCUGGGAUCAAAUGGAAAAGACAAUGACCUUAAGUCCAAAGUCCAGCAAUUAGCCAAGAUUGAUGAGGGCACUGAACCCAAGUAUCAAUUCAGUCGCAUUCCUGUCCAAGCCCAACCCGCUGUCUCUGGACUAGCUCUGGCUUUCCAAAAACCCACCGUCGCAGAGGUUGGAUACCAUGACAAUACGCCUCUAGGUUUUACCAACAAUCCAGACGCUUUUAUCGACAGCGAGCCCCUUCCAAUCCUGCAAAAAGAGGCAAACAUGGUGCACUCUUCCAACAUCAUCCGACAGAUUGACCUCGCGAGAGAUGAGCUGAUCAGCCGCUGGAUGAACAAUGAAGAUCACUAUGAUCCCGAUGGACCCACUUGCACAUACGUCCUGAAGGAAGGAGAACAAUUUGGUGAGAGGACCUGUGAGGACAUGCCUCAAGUACUGGCUCUGCGGAUUCAAGAUGCCGAGAACAAGCUCUGGGCUAGCGGUGCAACAUUUGCACAGAUAGGACUUGCUGAGAAAUCGAACGGUCCCAAGAGAAAAAUGACCUCCGAUUUGGACUUUGCUCUUCCUGGCCAACUCAACGAUCGCUGGAAGCCAGAAUUCGUCGCGAAGUGUGUCAAAAAUCUAGACAUCACAAAAGCUUCUAUUUUCCUUGGUGAAAACGUGCUUUCUGAUUUUGAUGAGAAUAAAUCAACAUUCUAG